AUGGGAAUGUAUUGUCUUUUAAAUGAGUUGACGACGUUUAAGAGGAGGAGUGUUGUCAAGGUUCGAGUGGUUCGAUCAUACACUGUAAUGGAAAGGAGAGGAUCCUCAGAAAUCAAGAGUAAGGAGUUGGUGCUGCACGACGAAGAGGCAACAGUAAUCCAUGCCUGUAUACCAAAGGAUGUUUUACCAAAAUUCCCCGAAAGCUUUUUAGAAGGCAAUGUCUAUUGUUUCAAGAACUUCUAUGUCGUUGCAAAUUGGCAUACAUACAAGACUAGCAUGCACGAGUUCAUGCUGCAGUUCAAUCACGAGACUAUCAUGAAAGAAUCUAGGUCAGAUAAUUUCCCUUACCACAUGUACAGACCGAGACCAUUCCAUACUUUGAAAGGUAAUCCAUCACUAGAUGUGAAGGAGUUGAUUGAUUUAAUUGGCCGUAUUGUUGAAAUACAUGCUCCCCAAGAAAAACCAAUUUCUGGACAGAAUACUGUCCUCAUAGACUUUGUUUUAAAAGAUACUAUGGGUAGUCGUUUGAACUGUACCUUUUGGGAUGAACAUGUGGCCAAACUUGAACCAUUGUACAGAUCUGCUUCCAAGGACCCUAUUUUUAUUGACCAUAUAUAUUUUAUAUUUCUUGAUGGUGAUGUGAAAAUAUCGUCUUCAUAUGAUGUUACUCAACUCCUAAUUGAUGUGGACUGCCCUGAGAUGCAGAACUUCAAAGAGAGUCUGGUGGACAUUGGGGAACAAACUCCAAUGCGCAGUAUAGGUUCAAUGACAAGCUUCAGUUUCACAAACAGUAUUGAGGAUUCAACCAGUAGAUCAAUGCAGAUGACUACCAUUUCUGAGAUCUAUGAGAAUGAAACGCAUGGAGAAUUCUGGGUUGCUUCCAAGAUAAAUGGUAUUGAAAAGUCCAAUGAUUGGUGUUAUACUUCAUGUCGAAAACCGGGUUGCAACAAGAAACUUAAACUUUCAGAAGGUGUUCUUAAAUGUUUCAAGUGUAACUUGACUUGGGAAAAUGGAGUGCUAAGGUACAAACUUAGACUUAGGGUUGUUGACAUGAAGGGUACUGCUGCCUUUUUGUUGUGGGAUAGAGAGUUCAUGGAACUUAUUGGUACAUUUGCCAGUGAGUUAUAUCAGAGGAAUAAGAAUACUGCAAGUCCAUUAAAGGAAAUUACUGGAUUAAUUGGCAGGAUAAUGUUAUUUAGAGUAUCGGCAAAUACAAACCAAUUUAUCAAUCAGUCGUAUGCCUUCCCAAUUUUAAGGAUUAACACUGAAAGCAAGUUUGUUCAACAGUAUUGCAAGGAACUUUUGGAUAGGGCGGACAAGGAAGUUAACUCUACUGUGCAAUUAAGUGAUGGUGAUGACGAAUUCCUACAGGGGUUUGACAGUGAUGAAGCUGAGAGCCCGAUACAGAUGCUGCCACCUACGAACAAUGCAGAAACCUCUGACGGACCGGUGAAGAGAUGCUUGCUGGAUCAGUUCUCUUCCACCAAGGGCUGCAAGAAAUUGAAAGACAUUAAAGUGAAGAUUGAUUGA